AUGAAAUUGAAAACUUUGCUGGUUACAAUUUUAGUUUUGAUCUUCGUCAAAUAUUCUGACCAAGCAGUUAAAUUUUUGAAUUGUGUUAUCUUAAUUAAUCCCUUUAAAAUAAGAGUUAACAAAGUGGAAGAAACUCAUAACGAGUAUAUGCUUGACUUCAAACAUUCUCUAAGAAUUACUCAAAAUUUCACAAGUUAUAUCAGCUUUAACUUGACAUUGCUUGUGAAAUUAGACUCGAUGUACUUCUAUUAUUCGAUUUUUCUCCCUAAUUCCAAUGGAAAAAUGGUUCCUUUUAGUAAAAGAACUGGAAUGAACUUGUGCAACUUUUUUAAAGAUCAAAAGAGAAAAACUAAAUUAUUGCAAUCAUUUUUCAAGAACAAUAAUUCAAGCUCAAAACGAGUUAUGGAGUCAUGUCCAGUCGAACCAGGAUUUUAUUUCAUCAAAGAUUACAAUGUCGUUGAAAGAUUGAUGCCAUACGCAAUAACCGAAAUCAAAAUUGUUAUUGUAGCCGAAAUAAAAACAAAGAUCAAAGGGGAAAUGGUUAAUUUAGGCACUUUGAAGAUUCAUUAUGAAGUUGAAGCUCUUGAAAUAGUAAACAUUGAAUGA